AUGAAUUACUGGGCAUGGUUCUUCGAAUGGAUCAGAAACGGCAAGAACAGAUUCAGGAAAAAGGGAAAAAGAAACCGGGGAAGACAAGGCAAUCCUUGGAAUUGGGUUCAAGUGGGACAUGAACUCAGAUGGGAAAAGAACAGAGGAGGGGGACAGGUACUACAAGUCCAACUCCAGAUGAAGAUCAAAGUUCUAAGUUGGAAUGUACGGGGUCUCAACGAGACAAGUAGGAGAACCACUGUGAAAUCUCUAAUCCAAAAAUGGAAAGCCGAUAUUGUUUGUCUUCAAGAAACAAAAAAAAUUGAAGAUUGGUCGAUAAGCUGGAUUAGGCAAAUUUGGGGUAACAAUUGGGUGGAAUGGGUUGAACUACAAUCUUCGGGCAGAAGUGGGGGAAUUAUAGUUAUGUGGGACAAAAGGCAAUGGUCAAUUAGGGAGGUUCAGAGAGGAUGUUAUACUAUUUCUUGCAUGCUAGAAAGCACUCAAGAGGAAUUUAGGUGGUGCUUUACAGGUGUGUAUGGUCCCCAUUCCAAUAUUGAAAGGGAAUUAUUAUGGGAUGAAUUAGCUGCAAUAAGAGGUUUGUGGGACGAACAGUGGGUUAUAGGAGGUGAUCUUAAUGUAUGUAGAUUUGAAAGUGAAAGAUUCAAUUGCACAAGGAGAUCAAGAGCAAUGGACACCUUCAAUUUCACUCUACAAGAUUUGGGCAUCAUAGACUUACCUCUACAAGGUGCUAAAUACACUUGGUUCAGAGGCGAAGAUUCUCUUCAAGCUUCCAGAAUAGAUAGAUUUCUAAUUUCCCCUGAAUGGAAUGACAACUUUCGAGCUAUAAAGCAGUUAGCCCUUCCAAGGGUUCUUUCAGAUCAUAGACCAAUUAUUCUGGAGUGUGGAGAUUGGGACUCAAAUCCAUCUUACUUCAAAUUUGAGAACAUGUGGCUAAAAGUUGAAGGCUUUCUGGAGAAGAUCAAAGAAUGGUGGCAAGGUUACUCUAUUAGAGGCAGCCCGGACUUCAUUCUUAUGCAGAAGCUCAGAAACCUGAAGAAAGAUAUUACUAGCUGGAACAAAGAAAAUUUUGGGAUGCUGGAAGUUCAAAAUCAGACUUCGAUUUAG